CCUAACAUUAUGUCGGAACAGCAUGAGUAUUAACAAGUAACAUUUUGAACCAUGAAGCCGAAUAUCCCAAUAAUCUACUUCAUAAUCAAUCAUUGGGAAGACUGUAUCGUUGAUAGCUUCAUUCAUGGUCGCUUUUAAGAGCUGCUCCAUGACACAGACAUACUCAUUUGCGGUCUCGCGAUGGGAGAAGAUUUAUGCAUCUCCCUUCUGCAUUUGUCGUACGACCUGCUUCAAUUUUCCGAACGAACUUAUCCACGAGCACGCCUUGGCCACUAUUGCCAUUAGGUCGGGUCACCGUUGUCGAUUUCAAGAUGCAGACAACUCGAAAGCAAUCCGCUCUGGCGCCAGAAGCUAUGGGAAACCGCUUUCGAUAUUGAUCACAUAAAACCAAACCGCCGCCGAUACGGUCAAGAAUAUCAAAACCCCUUAGCACACAACGCGCUAUGCUUCAAGCAUACCGCGACUACGGGUGGAUGUAUGGUACACGUCCAGUUCGCAAAGCCCAUCGGGAA